AUGAAAAAACAUAAAACCCCAUGUAAAAAAUUUUAUCGCCAAAGAGCACACUGUAACCCACUUUCAGAUAGUUAUAUAAAAUAUCCGUUAAAUGAUAAAUAUGUGGAUUGGGGAAUACAUUAUCCAUUAUAUUUCAGGGAUUUAGGAAAUGUGGGCAAAAAUGAGGAGGAACAAGUUUCCAAAGUAGAAAAAAAUGAUAAUAUACAAAGUAGCGAAAAUAAUACGGAUGCAGAUAAACUAUUUUUAAACACAAAUAAAUAUCCAAUAUGCUACGAGAAUAAAAUUCAAAUUAAACCAAAUAAUUUUGAAGUAAAUUUUUUAGAUAUAGGAUGUGGUUAUGGGGGGCUACUUUUUGAAUUAUGUAAAGUUUUUGAUAACAAACUAAUAUUAGGUUUAGAAAUAAGAGAUAAAAUAACUAAUUAUGUUGGAGAAAAAAUUAAUACUUAUAGAAAAAAUAAUUUCCCAAAUUAUAAUAACAUAUCAGUUAUAAGAACAAAUGCAAUGAAAUUUCUACCUAAUUAUAUUAAAAAAAAUCAAAUUGAAAAAAUGUUUUUUUGUUUUCCUGAUCCACAUUUUAAAAAACCAAAUUGGAGAAGAAGAAUAAUAACUAUAGAAAGUUUAUCACUAUAUUAUCAUCUAUUACAAAAAAAUGGAUUAAUAUAUUUUAUAACUGAUGUUUUUACUUUAUAUUUAUGGGUUAAAUUCUGCCUUAACAAAUAUCAAAAAUUUAAAAUACUUUCUGAAGAAGAAUAUAAAAAUGAUAUAUGUAUAAAAUUGAUACAUGAAAAAUCAGAAGAAUCCAAACGAGUUAAAACACAAAAUAAAAAUAUGUAUUUUUGUGUUGCACAAAAAAUCUAA